AUGGCAAAGAGCGGUGUCCGCAAGUGUCGUUGGGGUAAAUGGGACUCCAAAAUUCGGGAGCUAGAGAAGAAGUCGCGGAUAUGGUUGGGGUCGUUUCUGGUGCCGGAGAUGGCAACGCGAGCCUACGACGUGGCGGCCUUCUGCCUUAAGGGUUGGAAGGCGCAACUCAACUUUCCCGACGAGGUUGAGGCCCUGCUGCUUCCGCUGACGCGCACGCCCACGGACAUCCAAGUGACGGCGGCCAAGGCGGCGCGCACCAUCAAAGCCUCACGCGACAAGAAGGGCGGCAUUGCCUCCGACGACAAUUUUUGGGGCCAUAUUGAGUUACUGGAGGGGGCUGCUGUCGAACGUGGCGGUGGCGCACAUGCGGUUUUUGUUCCCAAUUCGGAACCACUCCCACCAACCCUAAACUCCUCCACGCCGCCUUUUGUCGCGAAGCGAAAAUCGCCCUCCAUGUUCAUGAUCUCGUGGUUCCCGUUCAUCGUGAUGAUUGCACCGCUGCAUCGCGCUUCAGGCUUCUCUACGAAGUAG